UUCACUCCCCCCCUCUUCGCGUGGUUCGCCGUAGAUGGCGUGAAGAAAGGCUUGCAUAACCUUCACGCUCCAGCCAGCAAGAAUCUGGAAGGGGAGGGAAAACUAAAAUAGAGACCCGCACGAGUGCGUGCAAACGCCCCGGGGGCGACCGGAACCCUAAAUUACGAGGAUAAGGUUACCCCCACUUUCCGAACACACACCUUGCGCGAACGGCGGUUGGCUUCUUUUUUUUUUUCCUUUCUUUUUCGAUCACAUUUUGCGUGACGUGUACCUCCGUGUGGCCGACUCCACGCGUCGACCUGUGCUGGAUACAAAAGAAGUCGCGAAACGUGUUUCUUUCUUUUCUCUCUCUCUCCGGGACAUGUGCAGAAUGCAGACCGGCUGGAACGACUUCUUUGCGAGGGAACCCUGGGCCCUGAAGGGAGGCGGUGCCGGGGGAAAAAACCGCUGUAUAAAAAGGCCUCCGGUGAGUGCUCAAGUUGUGUCACUGCCAGCAGAGCCAGUAGCAAGCCCAACCAUGAGGUCCCUGAUCGCCAUCGUCUUCUUCGCCCUCGUUGCCACCGCAUUUGCCGGAUACUUUGGAGGCUACGGCGGUUACGGCGGAUAUGGCGGAUUGGGUGGCUACGGUGGAUACGGCGGCUACGGAGGGUAUGGCGGCUACGGCGGCUACGGCGGCUAUGGCGGCUAUGGCGGCUACGGCGGCUAUGGCGGCUACGGUGGACACGGAUACGGCUACCCAGUCGGCCGCGCGUUCGCCUACCACACGCAUAUCAAGCACGGAUACGGCGGAUACGGACUCGGUGGAUUUGGUUACGGACACGGAUACCACGGCUGAAGACACGACGGGGUGACGCUAAGUUUCGCUGUUUCUGGGCCAAAAAUUUCCUGUUUUACAAUGUUCCUUCGCCGAAAAUAAAAUCUCAGCGAACCCACAAUUUGACUUCCUCUGAUUUACUCAGGAUCAGGGGUGGCGGACACGGCUUCUGUGCGAACUUAAAAACUGUAUUGCAAGAAACACGGCGGCUACAGACCAGCAUUUGCGUACAUUCUGUUUCAACAUGUCAGCGCAGUGGGUCAACCACCAGUCAGUAACAGAAAGUUUGUUUUUUGACUUAGUACGCCCUAUAUCGUGCUACUGCAUGACCCAUACAAGAGAGAAGACUUGCUGAAUAAUUAAUCUACAUCAACACAAUGACGCCUGCACGGAAAAACCAAAGCGUACAGAUCUUAGUAUACCGGGUCUAUUUCUUCAGUAUCACGAGUAUCCUUCUUCUGCCAUUAAAACGCUGCAAAUGACCAGCAGUAUGACAGGCUCAUUGGUACAUCUGUACGAUUUAAUGCCCCCCCCCCCCCC